AUGAUUCUUCUUCUUUAUAUAUAUAUUGGCUUUUCUUUGUCUGCUACGUUGAUAUUCGAAGCGUUUCUUUUUUUCUCUCUCUCUCCCUUCUUUCGUUGCCCUCGUUUCUGCGAUUCUCUCUUCUUCUUUUUCUCCCCCUUCCACCAGCUUGUGUUAUUAUUAUUAUUAACUCGAACAGCUUUCAUGAAACGCUCGAUGUUGUUUUACUCUGCGUAUCGUCAUCCGGAUAGUCGUUAUGUUUGCUGUGGCCUUUGUUGUUUCUUGUCACUUUCAUCUUCUUUUUCUCUUCCCUUGUGUUUGUGUGUAUGUGCGACUGAAUGCGUGUCGGAAUCAUUUUUUUCUUCUUCUUCCUUGAUACUCUUCCUGUUGUAG